AUUUUUGUAAAAGGAGAUUCACGAUUCCAUGAAGUUCUCUUUUGUUCUGAACACCUCCAGCUACGAUGAGUGGCAAAGACAAAGAGACAUCAGACAACAAGCUGAGCGCAAUCCUGUCUGUGAGAUGGGUGCAGGGAUUCCCUGUGAAGAAUAUUGCUUUUAUCAACAGCACCACAAUUUGCUACCCUUGUGGCAAUUUUUUAAUUUUUGUGAAUAUGGAAAAAAAGAGAAGGACUGUUCUACAGUGUAUGAAUGGAAAAGUGGGUGCUAUGGCAACUAAUAUUCCUUAUGAAGUGGUGGCUUUUUCAGACCAGAAGCUUAAACCCUCCAUCUACAUAUACAACUUCCCUUCACUGACCAAAAGGGCCAAAUUAAAAGGGAAUGCUCAGUUGGACUACACUUUACUUGAAUUUAGUUACUCUGGAAUAUACCUGGCUAGUUACUCUGCAAUUCCAGAACACGAAGUAACACUUUGGAAUUGGGAAACAAAAGUCAUUUUGUGUAGAAGAUCACAACCAGGUAUGGAAGUAAGCCAGAUGACGUUUAACCCCAUGAACUGGCGCCAACUGUGCCUAUCCAAUACAAAUUUUGUAACUAUAUGGAAUAUUGAAAGAUGCAAUACGGAUCAUUAUUUUAAACCAAAGCCAAUAAAUCUUCCUACAGAGGAUGGGACUUUUAUAAAGGAAUUCGAAGGAUUGUUCUCCCAAGGGCUCAAAGAUCCUUUCUAUGGACCCAUAUUACCACUUUCUGCUGUUGCUGGGCUAGUUGGUAUAGAAGCAGAAAACUUCAGGCCUAAAGAUCAUUUUCGUCCCUUGCUUCAUCCUACUGCACACUGUUGGAACUCAACAAAUAACCUCUAUGUUUGCUGCGAAGAGGGUCAUAUUCUAUUCAUUAACGGAGAAAAUCUGCUUGUCACUAUUCUGUCACCGUCACCAGAAAACCAUUCCAAAAUUGAGAGGAUCAACACUAUGGCAUUUUAUAAAGAAGGACUGUUUGUUUCUGGAAAUGAUGGCAUUUUGCAUUCUAUUACUAUCAAGGAAAGUAACUACACUAUAAAGGACCACAUCAGUUUACAAGCCUCUGUGAAGAAUAUUGUAUUUUCUCCUGAUUAUACACAAAUACUACUUCUAACAGAAAAUGGAUCUGUUUUUUACUAUACUUUUGGAGAAAAGCCAAAAAUUGAGUCAAUCUUGGAUGCAUCUGGUGGCAAUAUACAGGCAAUUGACUUUGUCACACUUGGAAACCAAUACUGCAUGUCAAUAAGCCUUUCAGGAGAAUUUUAUAUUUGGUUGAUAGAAGAUGGAUCUCCUGUCAGUAGAUUAUGCCUUAAGACAGAGGUAAAUGAUAUGGCUUGCUGCCCCUCUUCGCUUUCAGUGGCUGUGGGUACCACUGCAGGAUAUAUGCUGUUCCUUGACAUUUCUAAUCUCCAAUCCCCUCGACUUGUUCACAAAAUCCUCCUGACCAGUUCUUCUAUACAGCAUGUACAUUACGAUCAGCAUGGUUUGUUUUUGAUAAUUGGAACGUCUGAUAGAUAUAUCUUCUUAUUGAGUUCCAAAGCCUCAGAAACAUUCAGGAUUAUUGGAUUUACAGAAGUGAGUGGUAACAUUUUACAAAUAUGUACAGUUUGUGUUUGGGGAACUAACAAAAUUCAAGUUAUGGUCCUUGAAGAAUCUUCAGAAAAUGAAAGAAGCAAGCUAGAAAUGUUCACUCUGACUGAUGAAAUCUUAGCAGAUGCUGCCAAAUAUAGUAAUGAAAGAGGGAGACUGAAAAAUGAAUUAUUUGCAAGGACCCUGUACGAAAUAAAUCAUCCCUUAACCUCUGCCGUCUUGGAUUUCGAUUGUGAAAAAAUAUAUGGCUUUUGUAGCCAUGUGCCAUAUAUCUGCACCUACAGUAUUCCUAAAAAGGAUAGUGAAGACAUAGUUCUCAAAAUAGAGAACAAAAUGCCAAGUAAACAUUAUGGAACUGGAAUGCUCUAUCUGUCAUAUCAUGGCCAGUGGCUGGCAUCAACAGCUAAAGAUGGAAUACUGAGCAUCCGUGAUAGUAAUAGUUUGGAACCAUUUGCCCGGGCACGGUGCCAUUCUUACCCGGGAAAAGGAAUUCAGUCAAUCAAAUUUUCAUUAGAUGGCCAAUCUAUACUAGUGAAUGGUAAAGAAGAUGGUGCCCUUGUUUGCCUGAAAUGGAAGAGUAUGAGAGGACAUCUAAUUCAACAUGCUACUGAAUAUUUUCAGGCCUUUGUACCAUAUUUGAACAGGAACAUUUUAGAGCAAAAUGUAUCUUUAUACUACAUGACAGAUAUCCAGUUCUUUUUGGAUUCACUCUAUGAAGAUCCAUUAUAUUACAUAAAGAAGCCAUUUUCCCAAGCUAACUAUGAAGAUGAAACUAGUUGGUUACAAAGGAAAAAUGAAGAGGCCACCAAAAAAGAAAUCAAAGAGUUUAGUAAAAAAAAGAAGGAACUAAAAGAAGAAAUCAAAACUUUGACUAAAACUAUUCAGGCUAUGAUGAAUGAAAAUGAGUUGGCAUCUGAGAUUGCACAAUUAGAGCAACAGGAAUUCAGUCUGGAUGUUGAAGAAAUGGAAAGACUUCACGAUGAAGGUGAAGAAGAAGUGGAAAAGAUUAAAAAGGAAACAGAAAUGGAAAAUCUAGCUAAGAAGUAUUUAUGUCACAUUUUGAAAGAAGAAUGCUGGCACUCCAUGCACAUAAAAGGCCGAUCACUUAAGUCCUUUCGUGGUCUUUUGGAGGUUAAAAAUUUCCCAAUGAAAGCACGCACUCCAGAAGAGCUGGAAGAACUGGAGACAGUUUUACGGCUAAGGAAGACUGAAGAAACUGAAUAUAAACUACGGAAGGAAAUUGUAGAAGUUCAAUCCACGGCUUUAAGUAAAAAGGAUCCUGAAGAGGAAGAGGAGGAGGAAGAGGAAGAAGAGAGAGAAAAAAAGAGAGAGAGCAACUUAAUCAAUUACUUACUUGGCAGCUUAAGUUCUGAGCUUGGUGCAGACACAAGUAUGUUAUAUAACCAGUUAGAACUUCACACCAGAGAAGAGAAAAUCAACCAGAUUGUAUUACUAAAGGACAUUAUUUACAACAUCAAAACUGAAUUUAAUAAAGACUUUGAUAUUGUAUAUCAACAAAAAGAAUUGGAAAUAGCACGUGUGAAUGAAAGAAAUAUACAUAUUCAAGGAAUUAUUACAGAAUUAGAUCUUGGGGAACAGAUAUGGCAACCAGUAUUUGAAGACUGUGAGAAGCCAGAGAGGAUUCUAGUUGUAGAAGAUCACGAGAUUAAAGUUCAAAGAAUCCUUACCCCAUGGGAAAAAGAACAAGCAGCAUUAACUGAAGCUCUUGAACGGGAAAGACGUCGUUUAAGUCAGAGGGAUGAUGUAAGACGUCGAGCUUUGAUGGACAUGAUGGGUGGAGUUCUAGAAGUCAAGAAAGAAGAUAUUUUGAAGAUGGUAAUUCCUCAGCCUGCCUGUAUGGCUAAACCUGAUACUCUAUGGACUGAAGAAGAAAAGAAAAUAAUCAAAGAAUAUGAGAAAAAAGUCAAAGAUUUAAAUGAGGAAAGAGAGAAAUACAAAAAGUCAUUGGAUGCUGAAUUAAGGAAGCUUCAAAACUCUAUUGAAGAAACAACACAAAUUUUUGAUGGUCAUCUGGGAAGACUGUUUCAAAGGAAGGUGAAAUGUGAUAUGGUUAUAAACCAGGAGGAAUUAAAAAUAGCCAGCCUUACUUUCUCUUUACUGCUAGAUGAAGAACUACUAACAAGAGAAAUAGGACUGAAUGGCUUCCUUGAAAGAAAACAAAAAGAAAAAAAAUUCACUACAGAUGAAAUCUACAAAGCUCGUGAAGAACUUGAUGCAUACAGGGAAAAUUAUGGCAGCUUCCUUAUAGAAGACAAAGUUCUGGAGCGGGGAUUUAAAAAAGAGUUUGCUGAGCUUCAAGGUCAUCUGGUUGAAACACUCUACAAACAGUACAAACGCCGACCAAGGCCGCCAAAGCAAAAGCAAGCAGAGGUUGCUAGCCCUUUUGGAGAACGGCGAGGGUCUGUCCAAAUUCAGAAGGAGAACUUUGCCCAAUUAAUGAAUGGCAUGGAGGAGCUGGAUAAUCCAAUUAAUAUGCCAGAAGGCAUAGAACCUGCAGUCUGGAUGCAUUUCUGUGAUCUAAGAAGAACAAAAGUGGAAAGUGAACAAAAAGUAAAGCAAAAAGCCCUUGUUAUGCUGGAAAUGCAGGCCUUCCUCCGGAAAAGAACUGAGGAUGAUGAGAAGGUGCAAAUGGACAUGGAAAAAGUUUUCCAGGAACUCUUCAUAUUACAAGAAGAGAAAAUGCAUUUUCAGCUGGAUUUGACGGUUCAACUCUUGCUUACACAAGGACAAGUGGAACUGGAAAAUUUCCAAUUUCUAUUCAAUUUCAGAGACUCCAUUCUCAUUAACAGGGUUAUAAUUGAAGAUAUAAAUAGCAUAAUCCGGUCCCAAGGUCAAAAGAAAGUUACCAGAAUGGUAGAAAGUAAGGAUUUCCACAAAGGAAUAUUUCAGAUUGAAUGGGAACAUAAGAAAAUGGAGAUGGAAAUGGAAGAUUUAAACCAAAAGGCUUGGGAUAUUCAGAUGCUGUUUCUUUCAAGAGAUCGUCAAAAGUUCCUAAAAGAACCAAACUAUGAGCUCCUGAUUGGCUACCAAAUUGCUAUGAUGGAGCAGAAUAUGGCUAUUAUAGAUAAGGCUCACAAAAGAGAGGUGGAAGCCUUCAAAAAAUUAUUCAAGCAACUAGGAAAGUUAAUCACUCAAAGAGAUUUAGCAAAUUAUACUCUAAGUUGUGAACUAAAAGAAGAGUUGGUGACCAUCAGCGAAAGAAGAAAAAUCUGUAAAUCACUUGGAUCUAAGCUGACUUGUGAAAAGAUUGCCAUGGAACGUUAUGAUGCUAUGUUGCAACAACAAAAGCUAGCAGAUAUUUCAAGAAGUCAGGUUGAACAGAUUGCAAUUUUGCAGGCAGAAGUUGAAAGACUAAGAAUGAAAACAUUUCCUGCACUUGCUCAAAUGUAGAAAUGCUGAUGGAAAACAUGAAGACAUCACAUAUUUUAAAAUCCGUUCUCAUUUUCUUAAAAUUUCUUUUCUCUAGUGACAGAAAAACUAAAUACUCUUAAUUUACUAGCCCCUCCCUCUAUCCCUUAAUUGAAAAUCUUUGGAAUCUCCCAAAAAGUUGUAGAAAUAUAAGUUUGU